GCUAUCGAUACUAUGAUCUCCGCAGCUUUGCCUAUUUCGUCUGACAAACGGAUAUCGAAUAAUAAUACAACAACUGUUACGAGUGCGCAACUUCAAGGCUCUAAUAGGCUCAAGAAUUCGAGGCAGUGCGCGUUACAUUUAGCCAGCUCCUAUAUUGCACGAGGGAGGCGCAGCCAUGUCAAAGCGUAGCGGGGUCAUCGCUCACCUCUACAAUAACAACAACAACAACAAUGUUGGCCGCACUGCAACACAUUUCUGUGUGCAAAAGGACAGGGAUGUUGAUGUGGAGAAUCAUCAGCGUCGCAAGGAGCGCAAUAAGCGAAGCGUCAGCUUCAAGGCGACACGAUUUCAGCACAAGGGCGAUGUCAAGCUGCGGCCGCAGGAUGUGCGCCGUUGGGAUGAGGACGAGGACAUGAGCAGCGAGGCAAAAGAGCGUCGUUGUGUCCGUCGUCGCGGCUCACCCAUUCUCAGGUGUGACAAAUCUGGUAAAUUGCAGACGAAUAGCUUUGGUUGGUAUCAGGUGAAAAUCUUAAAUUGUCACAUCUAUGACAAGGACACAUUGAUGCACUCCUUGCUGGCGGCGUUGUCGCCGCUCGUGUUCGAGCCGCAAUAUUGGCACAUGGAGCGCGAAUGUGCCAAAUUCUACACAGAUGACCUGGAACUGGCCGAGCGCAUACAGCAGUUGGGCCGCAAAGUUCAAUUGCCAGAUGGAUUCCGCCUGAUGAUGCGUGUGCGCAGCGGCAUACCCCAGGUGACCAUCGACGAGGAGUUCAAACUGCGAAUGAAGAUGGUGAUGUCCAAGCGGUAUAAUCUGCAGACUAAAGCGAUCGAUCUGUCGCGCUUCCAUGCCGAUGUCGAUCUAAAGCCCAUCUUCUGUCCGCUCUUCCGUGUGAAUGUGAUGUCCACGGCACUGGAUAUAAUCUGCGAGAAUAUACCCGAUGUGGAGGCGAUUAAUCUGAACAAUAACAACCUGUACACCAUGGAUGCCUUCAAGGGUGCCGAAAAGCGGCUGUCACAUCUGAAGGUCAUUCAUAUGGGUGAUAAUAAGCUGACGUCGCUGGCGCAUCUCUUCGUCCUGCGUAAAUUGCCCAUUGUGGAGCUGGUCUUGCGCAAUAAUCCAUGCCGUUCGCGCUACAAGGAUUCACAGCAUUUUGUCCGUGAGGUGCGUCGUAAGUUUCCCACAUUGCUGCAACUCGAUGAGGAAAUAUUGCCGCCCCAAUUGAACAUGGUGCCUGCCAAGGCAUCCUAUUUGUGCGACAGUGCUGGGAUGGAGGUUGUCCGCCAGUUUCUGGAACAGUAUUUCAACAUCUUCGAUUCGGGGAAUCGACUGCCACUGCUGGAUGCAUACCAUGAGCAAGCAAUGCUCUCGAUCUCAAUGCCCUCGAUUAGCCAGGCGGGCCGGCUGGACAGCUUCUGGAAAUUCAAUCGUAAUUUGCGUCGCAAUACGACAGCCGAUCGGGAAUUUUUGCGCAUGCGUCUUUUGAGCAGUGGCCGUUUGGCCUGCGUAUCCACGCUGGAUGAAUGGCCACGGACGUUGCACGAACGGCACACCUUCACUGUCGAUCUCACCGUCUACAAUCCGCAAAUGUUGUUGGUAUUUACGGUUACCGGUCUGUUCAAGGAAUUUACUGGCAAUGCGGACAGCUCCGCGACCACUUCCGCCCAGCAGCGACCCCAUGAGCUGCGCCAUUUUGUGCGCACCUUUUUCGUGGUCCAACAGAACACUGGUUUCUGUAUUCGCAACGAGACGGUCUUCAUCACCAGCGCCACGCUGGAGCAGACAAGUAAAUUUAUGGAAACACAACAAGAACAGCCGGUCACAGAGCAUCCAAGCAUCUCAUCCAUUAACACUAACUCAAUUCAGAGUCGCUUCCAAGCGACUAAUCCAGUUGCAGUCGCUCAAUUGCCAGCUUCAACGGCCACACUCUGUGAUGCUACCAAAAUGCAAAUGGUGCAAGCCAUGUGUGGGCAGAGCCAAAUGAAUCUCGAUUGGAGCCGCAAGUGUUUGGAGGAGACGAAUUGGGAUUUCAAUCAUGCGGCCUUUGUGUUCGAUAAACUCUUCAAGGAAAACAAAAUACCACCCGAAGCAUUUGCCAAAUAAUUCCAAAUUACAAUAAGUGUUAGCAUUCCUAUGCGUGGUCCUCUUUUUCUAGGCUGACUAAAUGUUAAUCCCCAUUCCAAAAAACUACUGGCCAUCUGUAUCAUAUCAUAUACAUAUAUACACUAACAAUAAUUGUCACAAAUCAAUGUCCAAAGAAAUACUCAA